AUGUCCGGUGUUACGCCCGUUGCUGUCUACGCCCUGCGCGUCCCCGCCAAUGGCGCUCUGAUCCCCGCCGUUCCGGAGUUCUCUGCCAUGUUCCGUGUCAGCAUGGCUGCCAUUGACCCCGAUGAGGCUCCCGAGUACGAGGACGGUUUCGACUCCAACAAGCGCCCCCGUGCUACCCUGAAGCUCGUGCGCGCUCCCCCUGGUCUCGACCUCGAGGGCGAGGACGAUGAUGACGAGGACUGGGAGGAUGACGAGGAUGAGGAUUCCGAGGACGACGAGGAGGUCAACGGUGGUCCCAGCGACAAGGAGAAGGCUCGCAAGCUCAAGCUGGCUGCCGCUCGCAAGGAGCUCGAGGAUGCCAUGGAUGAGGAUGAUGACGAGGAUGAGGACGACGAGGAGGGCGAGUUCGACCUCAAGGCCGCCAUCUCCAAGCUGAUCAAGGGCAAGGCCCCCGCCAACGAUGACGAGGAGUCUGAUGCCGAGUCCGAUGAGGGUCUUGAGCUUGACGAGACUGUCAUCUGUACCCUGGACCCCGAGAAGAACUGCCAGCAGCCUCUCGACAUCGUUGUCAACGAGGAGGAGCCCGUCUUCUUCAAGGUUACCGGUACCCACACCAUCUACCUGACCGGUAACUAUGUCAUGCCCACCGACGACCACCACCAUGACCAUGAUGACGAGGAGUCCGAUGAGGAGGACUACGACCUUUCUCCCGAUGAGGAUGAGCUCGACAUGGAGGACCUGAUCGGCGAGGAUGACGAGAGCGAUGACCUCGAUGACCUGGAGAACCCCCGUAUCACCGAGGUCGACAGCGAGGAGGAGGAAGCCCCCAAGCUCGUUGAGUCCAAGCAGACCAAGGGUAAGGGCAAGCGCGCUGCUGAGCCCGAAGAGGCCAAGCCUGAGCCCGCCCUCAGCAAGAAGCAGCAGAAGAAGCUGAAGAAGAACAACGGCGAGGCCGCCCCCGUUGAGGAGAAGAAGGAAGCCAAGGAGGGCAAGGAGGCCAAGAAGGUCCAGUUCGCCAAGAACCUUGAGCAGGGCCCGACUGGCUCCACCCAGCAGAAGCCUGCCGAGAAGUCCACCGGCACCCUGGGUGUCAAGGAGGUCAAGGGCGUCAAGAUCGACGACAAGAAGCUGGGUCAGGGUGUCGCCGCCAAGGCUGGUAACACCGUUGCCAUGCGCUACAUCGGCAAGCUCGAGGACGGCAAGGUCUUCGAUGCCAACAAGAAGGGCAAGCCUUUCACCUUCAAGCUCGGCAAGGGCGAGGUCAUCAAGGGUUGGGACAUCGGUGUCGCCGGCAUGGCUGUCGGUGGUGAGCGCCGCAUCAGCAUCCCCCCUCACCUCGCCUACGGCAAGCGUGCUCUUCCCGGCAUCCCCGCCAACUCCAAGCUGAUCUUCGACGUCAAGCUUCUCGAGAUCAAAUAG